AUGGCUCCUAAACAGAGGUUGCCUGCUAAAAGCUCUGUACGUGAUCAGUCAGCUAAGCUGAUUGAUACAAACUCGGUAAUUGAUCCGGCCAUGGACAAGUAUUACCAGCUGACGAGCGUCGUGCUCACUUUCCUGGCCCUGGCCACAAGAUUCUAUUUCAUCUGGUACCCCGACGAAGUGGUGUUUGACGAGGUUCAUUUCGGAAAAUUUGCAUCUUACUACCUAGAGCGGACCUACUUCUUUGAUCUACACCCGCCCUUUGCCAAACUAUUGAUUGCCUUUGUGGGAUACCUUGUUGGAUUCAAUGGAAAGUUCAAAUUUGAUAAUAUUGGGGACAGCUACAUCACUAAUUCUGUCCCAUAUAUUCCAUUGAGGGCAUUGUCUGCGACCCUCGGAGCACUCACAGUUCCUCUGAUCUUCAACACCAUGAAGGAAUGCGGUUACUCGAUUCCAACGUGUACUUUCGCGGCGCUCCUCGUGCUUUUUGACAAUGCCCACGUCGCAGAAACCAGAUUGAUCCUGUUGGACGCAACACUGAUUGUCUCUGUUGCUGCCUCAGUCUACUGCUAUGUCAAGUUUGUGAAGCAAAGAAACCAGCCAUUUUCUCGUAAUUGGUACAAAUGGCUUUUCCUCACUGGGUUUUCUCUUUCCUGUGUCAUUUCCACCAAAUAUGUUGGUGUCUUCACUUUUGCAUGCAUUGGAGUGGCUGUCAUUUGGGACCUGUGGGAACUUUUGGACAUCAAGAAAGGCCUCACAAUUAGAAUAUUUGCUAGGCAUGUUGUUCACAGAGCCAUUGGGUUAAUUGUAUUCCCUUUCAUGAUCUACCUUGGCUGGUUCUAUAUCCAUUUUGCGAUUCUCACAAAGUCUGGACCGGGCGAUGCCUUCAUGUCUUCUGAUUUCCAGGAGACUCUUGGAGACUCUCCACUUGCUCGAGAGGCCAAAGAGGUUCAAUACCACGACAUCAUUACCAUCAAACACAGAGAUACUGAAUGCCUACUCCAUUCUCAUACUUUCCAUUAUCCGUUAAGGUAUGACGACGGAAGAAUUUCUUCGCAAGGUCAGCAAGUCACCUGUGUUAAAGAUUUUGAAGACGAAAACAAUUACUGGCAAAUCCUUCCUGCUCUUCCGUAUCCAGAUGGCCAACUUCAAGGCCAAACUGUCAAGCAAGGAGACACAAUCAGACUGAAACACGUUGCUACUGAUGGCUACCUGCUGACUCACGACGUCGCUUCUCCAUUGUAUCCUACUAACGAGGAAUUUACCGUCAUCAACAUUGAAGAAGGAGAAACCACCAGAUUUAAUGACACAUUAUUCAGACUUGAUCCAUUCGACAAGAGAAAAAGUGAUGUCCUCAAGACUAAAGCUUCGGUUGUCAAAUUCUUCCAUGUUCCUACCAUCGUGACCAUGUGGACUCACGACGAUCAGCUCCUGCCAGAAUGGGGUUUCAACCAGCAAGAGGUCAACGGUAACAAGAAAGUGGGCGAUGCAGACAACUACUGGACAAUCGACACUAUUAUCGGUCUCUCCGAUAAGCGCGCGGAAUACGUUCCUAAGGAAGUCAAGCAGUUGCCAUUCAUGACGAAGUGGUACGAGCUGCAAAUGACCAUGUUUGAACAGAACAACAAGUUGAGCUCCUCACAUCCAUUUGCUUCCCUCCCUGAAUCCUGGCCGCUUUCGUUAUCUGGCGUGUCCUUUUGGACCAAGGCGGAAACCAGGGAACAAAUCUAUUUCAUUGGAAACUUAUUUGGAUGGUGGCUCGAAGUGGGUCUUCUAAUGACCUACUUAGGAAUCUUGUUGGCCGAUCAGGUCACCAGAAGAAGAGAAAUCUAUGUUCUGAACAACAAGUCCAGAGCUCGAUUGUACAAAAGCAUCGGAUUCUUCUUUUGUGGCUGGGCCACCCACUACUUCCCAUUCUUCCUCAUGAAUAGACAGCGUUUCCUUCACCAUUACCUUCCUGCUCAUUUAUUGGCAGCCAUGUUCUCGGCUGCCCUGCUGGAGUUUUUAUUCACUGAUAACAGAACUGAGGAAUUUAGAGAUCCUAAAGACACUACCAAGGCUGGCAGCAUAUACUGGAUUCCAUACAUUUCAGUACUUGUGCUACUCACUGCUGCCUUGGUGAGUAUGUUCAUUUACCUAGCUCCUCUUACUUACGGAAAUGUGUCCCUGUCUGUUCCAGAAGUUUUGCAAAGACAAUUCUUCGAUAUCAAAUUGCAUUUCGCUAAAUAA